AUGAAUGAUUUAAUUAAAAUAAAUGAUUUGGACAAAGAUGAAUUAUAUAAUGAAUAUUGUGAAAUUAAAUUCUUAUAUGAUAAUUUGAUCAAGACAGGUGUUAAAUUGAGUGAUCAAAUUAAAUUAUAUAUUUCAAGUAAGAAAGAUUAUCUUCCAACAUCAACAAUAAAUGAUAAUCCACAUAAUUUGUUUGAUAAUGGUGAGGACGAAGAAGGUGAUUUAACACAUAAAAACCAGAAUAAAGAUGAGCAUAUACGAUCUGAUCAAUUUUGGUCUUAUUUAUUAAGUAUGAGUCCCAAUUCGACACCGAAUAUGAAAAAAAUUAUUUCUUACAUAUUUUCAAUUCCAUGUGCAAAUGCUUAUGUAGAAACAAUAUUCAGUCAUAUGAAACAUUUGUGGUCUCAUUAUCGUAGUCGGAUGGAUAUUGAAUUAGUCGAUGCUGAAUUAAAAAUCAGAAUGAAUUCUGACUAUCCUUGUGCAUAUGUUCAUAAAUAUCUGUUAUCUCAACCUGAUUUAUUGAAGAAAAUUCGAACCGAUGAAAAAUAUGAACAAAAAAAACGUCGUGGUAUUGAAUGA